AGCAAUGUCUGACACAAGCAUACAUGGAGUUGAUGAAGAUGAGGUAGAGUUUUAUGGGACUCUUAGGGUAUUGCUACUGGCAAUAGAAGCAGUGAUUUACGCGAUAUAUAAUCUCGCUUCAAGGAUCAAUGAUGAAUCUAUUAGACGACCAUUGACACGACGACCAGUGACGUCUAACGGGUUAAAAUAUAUGGAUGAAAUAAUGACUGAAGACCCAAAAAAAUUUCGAGAUGUAUACAGAAUGUAUCCUGAUAUUUUCCGAAAAUUAUACAAAACGCCUUUGACGGAUACACGAUUCAUUUGUGUGGAAGAAAUGGUUGCAACAUUUUUGCUUGUUGUUGGUCAAAACAACCGCUAUAGUCAACCGAAAAUGAUAUUUAAGCGGUCACACUUCACUGUCAGCAGAAGUUUCAAUAAAGUAUUGAAAGCACUGAAUACAAUAGCUCCAGAGUUUAUGGCUAAACCUGAGUCAGUACCACAUGUCAUUAGAGAAAGUACAAGGUUUUAUCCUUACUUUAAGGUAAUAGUACAACAUUUCAUGCUAUUUAUGAAUUUCAAAAAACACAAUGAAAUAUUUUUUUAAAUUAUAUUUAUUUAUCCUUUUCAUAUUAUAGGAUUGUAUCGGGGCUAUAGACGGCACUCAUAUUCCAGCAACAGUAGUUGGACGAGAGGUAAGCAGCUACCGAAAUCGUCAUGGGACUAUAUCACAAAAUGUGCUAGCUGCUUGCAAUUUUGAUUUACAAUUCAUAUAUGUGCUUAGCGGUUGGGAGGGUUCAGCUCAUGAUUCUAAAGUGUUAAAUGAUGCAAUUUCGAGGUAAAAUGGUCUCAAAGUGCCACCAGGUACCCUUUUAUUAGUUUUAUAUACUUUUACAGUCUCUUAAUAUUAGUUAUAUUUACAUAUCAUAUACCACACUAAUCGUAUAAUUAUUUCAUGCAUAGGUAAAUAUUAUUUAGGGGAUUGUGGGUUUCCAAACCGACGUCAGUUUUUAGCUCCAUUUCGAGGGACCCGAUAUCACCUUAAAGAUUUUGGCGGCGAAGGAAAUCACCCCGUUAAUGCAGAUUACAUAAUUUUCUACGGCGUGAGUGCCGGUCUGAUGAAUUCCCCCCAGAUCCAGAAGAAGAUAGUGAUACAGAGGAGAAUUUUGAAUGGGAUGAUUUUCAAACACAAGAUCAGCAAAGAGCAAAAGCUAAUGAAUGGAGGAUGGACAUUGCUAAUCAAAUGUGGACAAAUGAGUGAGAUGACAACCAUGAAGAUGAAUAAUGUCCAAUCUAUUGUUUUAGUAGAAGAAAUGUUGUUUCAUUUUUUUUUGUGUAAACGGAUUGGUCAUUGUUGGUAAUUUUUAUUAUUAUUUGUACAAUACUACUACUUGAUUUCAUUUCAGCUUGAUCCUUUUUAGGUAGGGAUGGUUUAAGAGUUAAGACCAUGUG